AGAAGCGUGCUAUAACUACUACAAACAAAAGGUUCUCGGUUGUGGUUAACUGCAGAGCUCAGCUGUCGGCUAAUUUAGUGGCACGUUCCACCAUCGCUUAAGCAAGCUUCGCUUCCCUUCGCCGCGUUCCGUAACACUGUUGAGUUAUCGUUGAUCUAAUCAAACGCUCAACUGUUCCAAUUACUGUCGUUGAGCACACAGGCCGGAUCAGGGUUCCACUAUGCCUUUCUUUCCGGCUAACAUACCAUCGUCAGAGUACGAGAGAUCGGACACAGGUAUGAGUGAGGUGCGACGUAUGUCGAAUGCGACGUCUGACCGUGAUGAUGCCGAACGUACCCAUCAUAUCAGGGUAAAGAAUCGGAGAAAGCAUUAUUUGGAUGAGCAUCCAGAAUACUUUUCCGCAUCUCUAGAGCUUGCAGAUCCCCUACUUUACGAUAGGCUAGUUCGACGAUUUCAAACGCCCGCCGAACGUGAAGCGGAAGGCCGUGCCAAAGGUUACUCGGGUAUCCUCGAAGCGGAUCUGCACCGGUCUGAGGCAAAGAUUGAAGCUUUGGCACAUCCAAGUUCAAGUCAUGUUACAUACAAGAGGGGCCCCCAAGGCGAAAUAUACCCAGAAGAAAAGGACGAAAUCCCUCUAACCAAGGAGGAAGGCCGGCAGCGGUGGGAAGAGGAAAUGAUGUUCCGUUUUCUACGUGGCGAAGACGGAGAUUUCGAUUACGCCUUAGUAGAUGACAAUGACGAGUGGGACGACCGAAAAUUAGAAGAGCGCGAAGCUCAAGACAGAUACUUUGACGAUGAGGAGCCGAGUUGGAUGCUGGAUGACGGGAUCAGCUAUAGCGGAGAUGCCGCUGCGGAGAAAACGGUGAUUAAAGGUGAAACAGGCGUGCAGGACUUUUGACGUGCUGCAGAUCGACUCAGGUCUCUAUGCGAAAGCUGUUUAUUCAGACCUUAUUUUUACUUUGCAGCAAUUCCGCUAUUUCCUGGCCGAUUCAAUGGGAUCUAGGUUUGGCAUGCGGACCGGCAAAAGGCACCAUUGAAAAGUUGCAGAUCAUAUGCA